GUGGAAAGUGUUCUGUAGAACAAACAUCACCCCUGGGGACACUUCUGAGGAAAGUUAACCACCCGGCAAAAAUAUUAUAUUGAUGUUUUAUUUUUUCACUGUGUUGGGACAAUGAGACACUUCAUAUAAGACAGUAAAGAAGAACACUGGGCUGGAGUGUAAAAUACCAGAAGAAGAAAUUUAGAAAGAAACUUCUCCCAGCUUCUAGACCAUAAGGAAGUUGUUCUGUAUUUCAUCGAGAAAAAAAAUUAAAAAGCAGGCAGAGAACGUUUUCAACAAUGAAUCAAACAGACAACGUGACCUUAUGUGUGGACAUUAAAAUUAAUCCAGUGAGUGAUGUAUUAAUGGCCAUCUGCAUUAUGGUUCUGGUACUGGGCAUCACUUUUCAUUCGCUCACUGCCUGGCCCAUCGUUCAGCAGAUCUGCAGUAAGAACAUUUUGGCGGUCUACCUCUUCGGCCUGUCUGUGUCUGAUAUGCUGUACAUCCUCACCAUGCCGUCCUGGAUCUAUUACUACCACAAUGACCACAAAUGGACACUUGAUCGGGACAUAUGCAAGCUGACUGGUUUCUUCUAUUACUCGAACAUGUACAUCAGCAUUUAUCUGCUGUGCUGCAUCUCCAUAGACCGCUGCCUGAUGGUCACCUUCCCACUAAGAGUCAAAGCCUUUCGUCAUUACAGGAAUGCUUGGCUUAUCUGUGGACUCAUUUACGUCCUGGUCAUGAGCAUACAUUCUGUGAUCUUAAAACUGGACACGUCCCCUGCGCAGCCACAGCAGCAGCCACAGCAGCAGCACUGCUAUGAGACCUAUCCCAUGACGGUGCCUGUAGCUUUGUUAAAUUUUUUGCGAGUAAGUGCUGGUUUCCUGCUGCCACUGCUUAUCCUCACCGUCUGCUAUUGCCAGAUCUUAUGCAAGGUGCAGAAAAGCGUAAGUGUGGACGAGCACAGCAAACGCAAAAUUAAGCUGCUGUCUGUUGGGGUCAUCGCCAUCUUCUCCAUCUGCUUCACUCCCUACCACAUCCUUCUCCUGGCACGGUCAGUCGCCUUCAUGAGGAUGGAGAGCAAGGACUACUGCAAUUUUGAGCAAAAGCUGCACCUCUCCUUCUCCAGCACCUUAGCCUUGUCUAGUCUCAACAGUGUCAUGGAUCCACUGCUCUACGUCCUGGUCAGUAAUGGAAUAAGGGAGGAUAUGAAGAGGUGCUGCUGGAGAAACAGCUAAAUGUCUCAGGAUAUAAAACCAGAUCAAACUUGGAUCAGCUCUGGAAUCAGCAUACAUUAUACGUUUACCCGCAUGGGUUAAACUAUCACCCCCCUUAAGGAUCUGAAAGAUGCGCCCAUACAAAAUGUAAAAUUUGUAUUUUUAAAUUGUAUGUUUAUAUAUAUACAUAUAUCUUGGAUUGGUGUACAUAUUUCCUAUUGGCAUGAAUUAUUUGCAAAAUGGCUGUGCUUCCAUACCACCAACCAUCACUCAUCAUUAGCCUGUAGCCUUGUCUAACAGAGCUACAGGGCCUCAUAGGGGUUUAGUAAUGUUUUGGCUACUGAAACGUGUGAUUAAAUGCUAGCUGAGAACUGUAAUGCAACUCUGUAGUGGAUGAUUUUUCUCCAUGUAAUGGAAAAAGCAAAUGUGUUUAAUUAUGUUAUACAUGAAUAAAAGCAUGGUUCUAUGGGUGACUAAUAAAAUAAUAUGACACAGGU